CUCUCUCGCUGUCACUUUGCGCGAUGACGUCAGUCUCAGAAAGAAGAUGGCGGCGCUUAAGAAGAGGGCGGAAGUGACAGCGGCUGGGUGCCGGUGGCGCCAGAGCGCGUGAGUGCCCCCUGCUGGUUGGAGGAGCCCUUUGUCGCUGGGGUCGCUUCACCAUGAACAACAAGGAGAGCACUACUGAGUCUGAUAAUAGCAAGCAGAUGAAGGUGUUUCUGCCCAACAAGUUGCUGGAGUGUUUGCCUCGCACCUCCACCCUGCCCAAGGAGAGACUACGCUGGAACACCAAUGAGGAGAUCGCGUCCUACUUGAUCUCGUUCGACAGACAUGAAGAGUGGCUCUCCUGCACCCUGAAGACCAGGCCCCUCAAUGGAUCCAUCAUACUCUACAACAGGAAGAAAGUGAAGUACCGGAAAGAUGGCUACUGUUGGAAAAAGAGGAAAGAUGGGAAGACGACAAGAGAGGAUCACAUGAAGCUAAAAGUGCAGGGCAUGGAGUGUCUGUAUGGCUGCUAUGUCCAUUCCUCCAUCGUCCCAACAUUCCAUAGGAGGUGCUACUGGCUGCUGCAGAACCCGGACAUCGUACUGGUGCACUACCUAAACGUGCCGUCCCUGGAGGACUGCGGGAAGGUGAGCCGGCCGCUCCUGUGCGCCGUGGCCGAGCGCCGCGACAGCCUGCGCUGGAGCCGCGAAGAGCUGCUGUCCCAGCUCAAGCCCAUGUUCCACAGCAUCAAGUGGUCCUGCGGGAACGGCAGCAGCAAUGGCUCCUCGGAUCUCUCCAUCGAGCAGCUGGUGCAACACAUCAUGGAGUCGCAGCAGACCAAGCCACAGCCCCGCACGCACGCCUGCCUCUGCAGCACGGCCCUGGCCUCCCCAGGGGCCAACAUUCCCCACCGGUGCAAUAGCACCAAGCACCGGAUCAUCUCCCCCAAACUGCCCCCCCACCACGCCGAUGUGCAGGGCCUGGCCUCCGGCAGCGAGGGAGGAGGCUGCCGCGAGGCGGAGGGGAGCGAGGCGCCGGCGGGGGUGGGAGGCGCAGCGGGUGGGGCCGUGCCGGGAAAGGCCCAGACGCCGGUGACAGCGGUGCGGAGGUUGGGCGUGCGGAGCCCGGCGGCCCCCCAGGACGGCGCAGGGGCCUCCCCCUGUUCUGGCGCCGACUCCUCCUCCUCCUCCUCUUCAUCCUCCUCUUUAUCCUCCUCCAGUCCCCCGAAGCCGCACCAGGCCUCCUCUCUCACCCUUGGCAGCAACGGCGCUGCCUGCAAUGGUUUCUAUAGCAACCAGCAGAGCCUGGCAACCGUCACCUUGCCCCAGAAUGCUGUCAUCGUCAUGACAACCGCCAUCAGCCGAGCCAAGGACGGCGAGGACGCCAAAGGGGAGCGGGCGACCCCGGCGUCGCCCUGCCUGUCGGUGGCGCAGUCUAGCUGCCUGGUGCUGUCCCCCGUCCCCCCGAAUCCCGACACGCCCCCACCCCCCUCUGCCUCCGCACCUCACACCCCCGUCUCGGCCGCAGCGGCCGCCAGUUCCUGCCCCACCUCCGGGGGGCCCCCCACACCCCGUACCGCCUGCCCCACCCCAGGCGUGGCCACUCUCAGCCUCACCUUGCUGUCCAGCCCUGUCAUUGGUGGCCUCCUCCUGACGGACCGCCUCCUUCCCGGGGCCGACCCCCCUGCUUCCCUGUCCCUCCUCUCCCCACACCCUCCUUCUCCAUCCCCGUCUCCCCUCCCGGUGACAUCUGGGCUCUCCCCGUCUCUCUCUGCCCACUCCCCCCACACCCUGCCUCCGUCGUCCCCUCCCUCGGGCCUGCCCUCCUCUGACACCCCCGUGGCUUUCGAUCCGGACUCUUUCCUGAACAGCCCCAAGCAGGGUCAGACCUACGGAGGCCCCUCCCACCCGCGAUCGCACCCCAGUCCCUCCCCCACCCUGUCCCCGUCCUCGCAGGCCCCCUCGCUCGCCCUCUCCCUCUCACCUGCCUCCCCGCCCUCAUCCUCCCCACCUUCCUCACUCUCCUCCUUCUCCUCGGAGGCAGAGCGUGGGAGAGACAUGGACCGGGAGUCCGCCCCCCUCAUCCCCACCUCACCACACCUCUCCUUCCCCCUCUCCCCCUCCCAGCCCCCCUCCCCCAUGCCCCCCCUCUGCCUGGAGUCCUCCUUAAACCUGGACACCCUAAAUACGCUGGAGCCAGUGGACCCGGCCAGGGGGGGCAGCGUGCAGCUGGCGAGGGCUGGAGAUGAGGAUGGGGGGCGAUGCCUGGAGGGACAGCCAAUUCUGGGCCAAAUGCUGUCCCUGAAUCCAUCAGAGGUGGCCCGAGAUCCGGAUCUUUCCGAGACAGACCUCAGCGGGCCUAAACGGACUCGGGAGCAGUGGCCAGACGAUCAGCUCCUGCCAGGUCUGAAGGAGGAGGAUCAGGAGCAGCGGCAGCUAUACCUCCUACAGUACAAGCCGCAGGAGGUGCUGAAAAGGGAGGUCCGGCAGGAGGAGUCUGCGCAGGCGGAUGGGCCGCAGCGGCCGACCAAUCAGGGCCUGAAGAGGGAGGACCCUGGGCCCCAGCCACCUGUGCUCCCCAAGAAGCAAAUACUGCCGACAGGGGAUGGGCGGGGUCUCGGGAGCUUGGUGGUGAGCUUCAGGAGCAGCUGCCCGGGGGCGGUCAGGCCCUGGGUUCAGAUGAAGGAGGAGUCGGCCUUCUCCUCAUCCUCCUCUUUGUCCACCUCCUCCUCAUCUUCUUCCCGCUUGAGCGGUUACGAGGCCGAGGAGACUCCCAUGGACACCAACCACAGCGGGGACGAUGUGGAAAGCGAGCAGGAGGCGGCAGUCCGGCAGUCCCACUCCGUGCCCCAAGGAGGCGACGGCGGGCCGCUGGAGGCCGGGGCGGCGGCCGGAGAUGCCUUCGUCAUCUCUUUCGACAGCCCCUUCCCGGACCUCAUCUCUGAGCUCAUGGCCGAGGACGGCCGGCCGGCCCAGAGCGGUCGAGCCGCUUCCCCCUCACCCCAGACCCAGCCCCUGUCCUUCUGCUUUUCCUCCCCGGCUCAGGCCGUCUCUCUGCCCACGGCCACCGGGGGGCGCUAUGUGGUGGAGUCGCAGGCCUUGCCUGCACCAUCCUCGCUGCCUUUUCCCUCGUUGUCCCCCUCGGCACCGGCUGGCGACCCUGACACUGACCUCCAUGCCCUGGCCACCAUCACAGACUUCUCCCCAGAGUGGUCCUACCCGGAGGGUGGCGUGAAGGUGCUGAUCACGGGGCCCUGGACAGAGGCGAUGCACCGCUAUACCUGCAUGUUCGACCACAGCACCGUGCCAGCCUCCCUCAUCCAGCCGGGGGUGCUGCGUUGCUACUGUCCUGCCCAUGGAGCCGGCCUGGUGUCCCUGCAGGUUCUGGAGGACACGGUCAGGGUGUCAUCCUCCGUGCUGUUUGAGUACCGCCCACGCAGCGCCUCCUCCCUGCCUUCCUCCCAGCUCGACUGGCUCUCCCUGGACGACAGCCAGUUCCGCAUGUUCAUCCUGGAGAGGCUAGAGCAGAUGGAGAGGCGCAUGGCGGAGAUGGCGGCUGGCAGCGACCAGCGGCAGCAGGCGAGUCAGCGGCCCACCACGGACACGGAGGAGAAGGCACCUGCCCCCCAGUCUGGCCCCUGGUUCGAGCAGAGGAUAGUGGCUGUGUGCGAGAGCAUGAUGGCCAGAGGAUGCUGGACCGGCGGGCGCGGCGAUGGUGAUGGCGGUGACAGGCUGCUGCACUCCGCCUGUUACCGAGGGAUGACCCUCUUGCACCUGGCAGCCGCCCAGGGCUACGUGCAGCUCAUCCACACGCUAAUGCGCUGGAGGAACGUGAACUCAGACAGUCUGGACCUGGAGCAGGAGGUGGACCCCCUGAACGUGGAUCACUUCUCCUGCACGCCUCUGAUGUGGGCGUGCGCCCUCGGCCACCAGGGGGCAGCAGUGCUACUGUAUCACUGGAACAGUCUGGCUGUGGACAUCCCGGACUCCCUGGGGCGGUUGCCCCUGGCCGUGGCUCGCUCCCGGGGCCACACCCGGCUGGCCGACUGCCUGGAAGAGCUCAUCGCCCAGUGGGGGGCCGCAGGUGAAGGGGCUGACCUGGGCCAGACCACGCCACUGCCGCCCCCACCCUCACCGCUCUCCAGCAGCCCUGACACAGGUCUGAGCUCCUGCAGCAGUCUCGCUUCCCCUGGCGACCCUCCAUCGCGAUCUCCUAGCUCCGCUUACUCCAGUGGCUCCGCCCCCCCCAGCUCACCCCUCCACAGUCCCGCUGACGCCAUGGACACCACAGGACCCUCACCCUCUGGGUCUUCACCACCGUCUUCACCGCCUGGUACCUCACCUCACCUCCGGCUGCCCCUGCCUCCCUGGGAGCCCACCCAGGAGCCAUCCUUCCUCAUGGAGUAUGAGUCAGCCGGCAGCCCCCCUGGAACGCCUCAUUCCAAGCAUACCGACUUUGAGGCCGAGCUGCUUGGUUUAGGCGAGGAUGCUGAGAAUGAGGACUACCUGCCAGCUGUGGAAGACCUUCAGGUGGACAUGGUGACUCUUGCAGAACAGAUCAUUGAGGCCACGCCAGACCACAUAAAGCAGGAUGAGCUUCCCCGGGAGUCACCACUCCGGGAGAGGCAGGAUAAUGCCACCAUCCCCGACACCAUGCCUUGGCUGGCCACCUACCUGGACACGGCAGACACUCUGCCGACACCAUCGGCACCUAGGUGUGUCCGAUCCUCGCCGCUCCCGCUCUCUUCCAGGUCUCCCCGCUCCCCACAGCCCCCGUCUCCCCUUGGUGCCCUGGCACUCCAGCGGCUGCGUCCACCCAACAGCGCCGCCUGGGCCGAGUUCCUGGGUGCCUCGGCCAACAGGCGCAUGGAGCACGACUUCGCCCUGCUGACUCUGAGUGACAGCGAACAGCGGGAGCUCUACGAGGCCGCCCGCGUCAUCCAGAACGCCUUCCGCAGAUACAAGGGUCGCAGGCUGAAGGAGCAGCAGGACAUGGCGGCCGCCAUCAUCCAGAGGUGCUACAGGAAGUAUAAGCAGCUUACAUGGAUAGCCCUCAAGUACGCCCUCUACAAGAAGAUGACGCAGGCGGCCAUCUUGAUUCAGAGCAAAUUCCGCAGCUACUACGAGCAGAAGAAGUUCCAGCAGUCGCGGCGGGCGGCCGUGCUCAUCCAGCAGUACUACCGCAGCUACAAGGGGUACGAGCGGCUCAAGCAGGCCCACCGGGGGGCCGGCCCACUGAACGCCAAGAUCAGGGGGUCUUUCCUGACAAAGAAGCAGGACCAGGCCGCCCGCAAGAUCAUGAGGUUUCUCCGCCGCUGCCGGCACAGGAUCAAGGAGCUGAAGCAGAACAGAGAGCUGGAGAGGCUGCAGAAGCGAGGCCUGGCCUCCUGAUGGCGCUGUUUCACACCUCUGCGGUCGCUCCUCGUGUAUUUUCAUACGGACGUUUUGCUUCUUGGGCAAACACUCCCACGCAGGAGUCGCACAAAUUCCCUCCCGUGACACUUAUGCUCCCUCCUUCCCGUACGACCCCCCCCCCCCCCCCCCAUCCCCGCCCACAUGAUUCGCCGGGACGGCCGCCACCAUCCCGUCCCUCUCGCUUCCCUCUUUCUCUUCCCCUUUGUCAUCCUCUGCCCUUUCAUCUCUUGAGAAAGAGAAAGGAGGAGGAGGCCAAACGGGGGGGAGGAUGGGCGGGGGGGGGGGGGGGCGCAUCUGCCUUAUUUUCUUUUAAUCUUUCUGCCCCGAACAGAAGGAGUUUACGCGACUGGGUCAUUUCUCCACUUCAGGCGAUUAUUCUUUUUAAAUGUUUUAUCUUUCCUUUCGCACAGCAAGAAAAAUGCUUUUUUUUCAGAAUGUAUUGUACUGUUGUGGUAUUCUUACAGACUAUAUAUACAAAAAUAUAUUACAUUGUUAAUGUCUAACAUUCUUAUUUAUUGGAUAUAUACCUUUUUUGAGGCAUGUUUUUAUAUUACUGUACCUUCAGAUGGGGAAAAAAUAACUUUAUGAAAUGGCUGAAGAAUCGACUCUCUUAACUUGAACCUGUGACGCACCGACAGAUAUUACAAGUCAUAAAGUCUUAAUCCAGAGAGGUUUUCAAUGUUUACUCUGCUUUUUUUGUGCACCCCCCCAAAAGUUACAAACUAGCGCGUUCGUUUUUUAGACUUGGACCAAUGCCAGACUUAGCAGAAGACUGUACCAUUUGAGGCUGGGGGGGCAGGUUGAUGGGAGCUGAAAUGAACGGAUGAGGUCCCGAGGGUCUGCCAGUGACGUCAGUAUGCGGGACAGCAGAGCCAUUACCGUCACGCCAGUUGUAUUUUUACUUUUUUUUAUUUCGAUUUCCGAAGCGUAAUCGACUGUCAUGUGUGAAGGCCAAACGUGGAGAUCCGAGGGACACUCAUACAGGCGUCAUGAGACGUGAUCUUUGUGUGGCUAAGUGCUGGAUUUGUGCAUCAGCUGCCGCUGGUCUGAUUGGUCCAAAAAAGCGUCGGUUCCUCGCUCACCCGCUCGUUUUGGUUUGGACCUGCUUUUCGCUCUGCAGUCGUUUCUAACAGAUGACUGCACGAUAGCGACACAGGCUACCUGUACUUAUUCCUCAAUGUGCUAUUUUUUAUUUAUUAUUAUUUUUUAAUUCAUUAAGUGCUCGGUUAUGGAAGUUGCAGGCGAACGUGCAACCUUGGCUCAGUAUGAGAAGGACAUGAGAUUGCACAUGCAGCGCUGUUUUGGUAUGUGUGUGUGUGUGUGUGCGUGUUUGCGUGUCUGCGUGGUUACCCGUGCAUGUGCCUGUUUCCGACGACUUGUAGGUUGACUCUUCCGUCAGGUUGCAGUUUGUGUUCAGGUAUUGGUGAUGGAUAUGGAUAGUGGGGGGGGGGGUCAGGCUGGCAAACGUGACAAUCCACAUAGGCCUGGUUUUGGGAAGAAGGGGAGAUCAGCGUGAACGGAUGAACGGAAUCCGAUAAUCUCUGCUCUGAACCCCGGAGAGACGAUUCGGUUGAAUUUCCAAGGCAGGGUUAAAAGGGGAAUGUAGAUCGUCAAGUUUGUGCACCUGAGAAAAUUACAGUAACGUGCCUUUAUGCUACGGGAAGAAGCAAUGUCAAGUCAGAUCUAGAACAGGAAAGGGUUUGGAUUCCCCUAAACACGAAGCCUACAAAUAUACGCAGAUGUGGCCGGUGGUCUUACCUACGUUUAUAGAAUAUAUUCAGCGAUUGGUUCUGACUGGGGAUGUCGCAUAUCAGUUUGUAAUUGUGUUGACCAGGAAGGGUCUCCUUUCUCCAUCCCAGUCCGCCCAGUAGUCCACUAUAGGAGAACUGGUGAGGUAAUCUUGAGCAGCAGAUAUGUUAAUGACAGACACUAACACAAUGUCCUUAAUUUCAUUGUUUGUUUUUAUUAUUUUUUAACCGCUAGCUUAUUUCACGGAGCUAGUUAUAAGUUGUAUUGCUGAAAAAGUUUCAGGUAAAAACAAAGAACUUGUAUAUGUGAUGUAUGUACAAAAUGAUAUUUUACUCAUUUUAAAUGUGCAGUGCCUUAAAUUCUUAUUUUGGUAGCUGCAGAAUCUUACUCGGUAGAAAUGUCAAACAUAUGUGAGCGUAUGAUGCAAUGUUUUUACGUGUCAAACCAGAACACCGCGUGCAGGACAGUUCGUAUACAGUAUAUUCCUGUUUUAAAGGGAAUUCGGAUCCAGCAUCGUAAAGACUUACGCGUGUUUUGUGCCGGUCCUUCAGACGCUGUGGGAAAGCUGAUAGCUGACGGUGAGUCGAGUAAUUGCGAUGAUUUUCCUCCAGGGGAAUCCAUUUAAUGCACAUUCGGUUUGCGUCAGGGUUCCAGUGUGGUCUUGAACUAGUUUAAAAGUUUACGCUGCGAGAGUUCGCUGGGCACUGCACUUUUAAAAGAAGCCAAUAAAAUCAACGGAACAAAUAUUUCUCAAAAACAAUGACUUUUUUUAACACUAACAAUCAGUCUAGGACUUAGCUCGAGGAGGACUGAAUUUAAUAAUUAUGCAUUAGUCUGUAAAUAAUGUAAAAUACGAGACAGUUGAGAAUAUAUUUAAAAAAAAAAACAACGAGCUUUCUGGAUUAAUGUGGAGAAAAUAUUAUUCCGCAUUUUAAAUAUACUGGUGUCUAUGAUGAAAUUGCAUGUUCAUAUCCAAUUUUAUUUUGAAGUCUAUUUUUUCUGUACCCCCCCCCCCUGUUUUUAAAGACCGUGUGAUCAGUGGCUACGGCUUUGUUAUUUAAAUUGCUCUGCAUGAGUUUCAAUCUUUUGCGUCACUUACAAAAUAUUACGUAUGUCACGUGUCCACGUCAUUCACUACUGGUGUUUAAACGCUUAUUUAUAUAUAAAGUCAUUUAAGAUUUUUUUUUCCUCCUGUGCUGUAAAUGUUUUUAUUUUCCUUGAUUUUCGGAUCUGUUAAUAUUUCUUAAGAAUGAAAAUAAACUGAAUAUUGAAACA